AUGUCAUUUCAUGUUUUUUAUUUUUUUAUUUAUUUAUUAGCAAUUCUUUCAAUAUUAUUAUCCAUUUUUGCUUUGCUUCAUAAUAAUUGGUAUACAAUAGGAAAAAAAAAUCAUCCAGUUGGUUUAUUUGGAGGAUGUAUUGAAGAGGAAAAUUUAAACUUAACACGAUUAUUUAACAAAUCAAAAACCAAUAUGGAUGCGAAGAUCAUUAUCAUCAAAGAUAUAAUAUCAUCAUCAAAAAAUAAAUCAUGGGGAUCUUCAAUGAUGAUAAUAUUUAUACUUUCAUUUGCUAUCAAAUUUUUUAAUCUUUGUAUAGUAAAAUUUGGAAGAAAACAAAUUUAUACUUUUUAUAAUUAUACAGAAAAAAGUACAUGUCUUGAUGGGUGUUUAGAAAAUUUUGAUGAUGGAUUACCAUUCUUUAAAUUUGGAAAUUCUUAUUUCAUAGAAAUUUUAUCAACAAUUCUAUUAAUAUUUAGUUAUUUUUUAUUUUUGUUAUACUUAUAUAAAAGUAAAACACAAUCAUGUAAAUACAUUGAACCACCAAAAAACACUUUAUUAAUAGAAAAUACAUCCAAAGAACUUUCAAAUAAUGAACUUCUAAUUUCAAAUGACCAUGAACAAUCAGUUCAAUGUUGA